CAUAAGGUGAUAUCACUGCCUCUCCCUGACUUGCGUCUUUGCCAAGUAGUCGGGUUACGCUUUACCACACAUGGGACAGCGGGGAUCGAGACCCCAACCCGAGGCCCGAGUUCUCCUAUUGGGUCUCGACUCAGCGGGGAAAUCAACCCUUCUUUACAAACUGAAAUAUAACGAAUCGGUCAAUACCGUUCCCACCAUCGGCUUCAAUGUGGAGAUGAUAGAAGCCAAAAAGAAGAGGGAGACAGUUGCUCUGACCGUGUGGGACGUGGGCGGCCAGAAUACAAUGAGGCACUACUGGAAGAGCUUCUAUCAGGACACUGCUGGACUGGUGUUCGUGGUGGACAGUUCCGACAGGCGCCGGUUGGACGAGGCCCGGCGGGAACUAGAUCACGCCCUGAGGAGUGAAUUCUUACGGGGUCUGCCUGUGGUCAUCCUCGCCAACAAGCAGGACCUUCCCGAAGCCGUAUCCGUCACGGAGAUAACGGAGCGCUUUCACCUGAGGACGAUGAGCGCUGAGCGGGACUGGUUCGUUCAGCCCUGCUCUGCUGUGACCGGUGCUGGGCUUAUAGAGGGCUUCCAAAAGGUGGCACACCUGCUCAAACUACCAUCAGAGGACGUUCAAGACAAUAUUAAAGAGACAGUGCAGUAUCUACGAUCAAAAUCAGUCAAGUCAAUGGGUUUGUAAUGUUUGCAAUGAUAGGAUAUGUCAAAAGUUAUUGACAAAUGAUGAUAAUUUGUUUUUAUUGUUUACGGAUGAAGAUCACAUUUCACUAUGAUCAAUGUGUUUCUUUAAAAGGUUGUCACAGUGCAAUAGACUACAUGGAAACGAAAUCAAUCCACGAAGCUAUUCAAUUGACUUUAAAUCAGCCUAUGACAUUUUUUUCCAACUAAGUUUAAUACGUUUGUAUCAGAUUAUUUCCUCUGAGAAAUAUGGUCAUAAAUAAUGUUAAGUCGCCUAUAGACCUAAUAAUGAACAUGUCAUUAUGGACUUUGGGGAGCAGUGCGUAAAAAAGCACCCCAAAUGGUCAAAUUCACUUUUCAUCUUUUAUGUAGACCUAUAACCUAAUA